UCGUAUGAAAUCCCGCAAGUUUUAUCGCAAUCGAAGGCUCACGGUGACAGAUAUACGCACGCGGCAUUUGCAUUAACAGAGUUCUCGCUUCGGAGUACUUAACGACUUCCUCCUUCUUUCCCACGUGAUCGCGCGAAGUCUCAGCAGUCAGCCCAGUCAAUCGCGAUAAGUAAAACCAAUAAUUGAGACAUCGGCAAGUAAAUUAACUGCAGUCUAUCGAUUCUUAACGGCCACAUAACACGCAAUUACAUUUCUUUAUAUACCUAUAGCGGUUAUUUAAUCAUAUACACAUAUCCUUGCGUCAUAAUUUUAACGAUAGCGUUUUUCUCCUCUCGCAAUUAUUGCCUAUAAGACACGUAUUGAAUGUUCCAUAUCAGGUUUCCGUAGCAAGUUUGCGUAUCGUCAGAAAAAAAUGCAACCUUCGCGAUGGUGCUUGUAAUAUUCCAUUUUAACGCUCGAUCAUUUGAUACUCCCGGUUGAAUAUUCGCCGGAAUAGUGCUGAACUUUCUCCAACGUCAUCUUUUUCCUUUUUCGCGACGCUCGACGCUGCAAUAACGCGCUUCCCAAUUUAGGAUAGCGAGCGCUCGGCGCUUCCUCGGCCGAUCGCGGAUAUUAACCGAUCGAAUCGCUCGGCUUGCGGUCCGGCGAUUACCGGAAUUCAUCUCUCCGUGCCGCGAUUCAGCUAUACGAGGAACAUCCCGAGCCUCGAGAGCGGGCGAUCGCGAGUAUAGCCAGCCGGUAGAGGAGACUCGCGGUGGAAGACUCUUUUACUCCUCUCGAGUUUCACCGGCUUACUUAGGAGCGCGCGCGGAGAAAAGCGACGUCAGUUCGCAGGGGCGAUUUGCCGAGGACGCAGACGAGCGGUCUGAGCCCGCGAAAGUUUUACACCCGAGCCGAGAGACACGCGAGAGACGGCUCUCUUUCUCGCGGGAUCGAAAAUGGAGAACUCGGCGUCCGCCGAUCGCGAUGUUCUCGCCACGCGGUAACCGAGAGGAAGCUCCUCCGACGCGGGAAUAAAAGAAAAACUGACGAAGCGAAAAAGGAAAAGGAGGUGCAAAGAGGAAAGUUACGAGCGGGACAAUAUUUCUCCAAGUUUGUUUCGUUAAAAUCGCAUAUAACGUUGGUAAACACGAGUGCUACACGAUGGAUUAGAAACGUCGGUGCAAGCUUGAUACACCGGACUGAUUAGUAAUUACCUUAGUAAUUACCUACGCGAAAAUAAUUACGAAAAGUUAAUUACGAGAUCGUUCUGUAAUUGACUAUUUCUGUGCGAUCUCUCAAUUGAUUCGCCGAAUUAGAAAUUCAGUGCGCGUUUGCCUGAUGCAUGGUUCUUGAGAGGAUCUUAAGUUUGUGCAAUCGGAAGAACGCGAUCUUCGUUAUUCUGUGCGCAAUAGUGAUUUACGUGCACCUCAUCGCGAAGAGCGACGAGACAAGGUGUCAUACCGGCGGAAGGGGAUCGCGGUGUCGCGAGGACCGGGCAUUGAAAUUCCUGAUCGCCCUGUAACUAUGCAGAAGGUCUUCCCCGUGCUCGCGCUCAUCGCAUUCGCGUGUGACAUCUCGCGCGACGUUCUGGUCCACGGUGAUCCCGCGAGGAAGCCGGAAGCUGCGGGACGAAACGGCGGCUAUGAGUACCAGACGGAACCACGUGGGCAAUUCGACGACGCGGAAGUGCCGCAGAGUACCGUGGAAAAUCGCGAGCGAUCGAGCGAGUCUCCUGUAGGCAAAUGGAGAAGCAACGGCGAGGCUCUCGAGCCGAAGUGGCGCGACGGCGACUCCGUACCUCUGCUACCGUUCUCUCAUUACCGGUCCUACACGAGGGACGAGGUCGAGGAUGCUGAGCAGGAGGACGUACCGGAGACGAGUCGCCGACCGUUCAAGUAUCAUUACGCGAUCGAUCAACCGGAUCGUCCUCGAGGGAGUCCGGGCAGACGAUUUCCGCCUCCGGACGCCUACGACCACGAAGCCACGUACCGAGGUCGGGACUACGAGAAUCCCGAUGAAGAUCAUCCGCGCAAGAGACGUCGUCCGUUGAAGAAUCUGCAGGGUCCGACGUUCUACGAGGAAACGAUCGACGGCGCGGCGAGCAACGACGGGAAACGCGGUCGUAACGUCGUCGACGGUUCGUUGAACGAUCGGGAAGUUACCUGGAGGUAUCGCGAGGCUUUCCAGGCACGUCCCAACGAGUACGAGCAGGAGUUCAGCGACGAGGAGUACCUGAGGCCUCGCCCGAGGAAGAGGCGACCACCGCAGAAUUACGAGUUCGCUCUGGCGAACGAGGCAUCCUCUAACGACGGGGACGAGGAGUCGAGAAAUUCCCCUCGGCAAUCGCCAAAGGUUGACGAGACUCUCCCGACGGAAUCGUCCGACCAAGAGCGAGAGAAAGCGCUCGAGUUAAAGUCUCUUCUAAAGAUGCAGCAGGAGGAGGGUUCGAGCCUGUCGGAGAUAUUGCAGCGUAAAAAUCUGACCCUGAGCGAUCUCCUGAAGGGAAAGGCCGACGUCAUCAACGCCCUGAAAUCGAGAAUCACCGACGAAUCCGACGAAUACAUCGAGGAGAUGUCGAGGGUGAUGUCCGACUCGCUGAUGAAACUCGCCGCGACGGUAACACCACCCUGGGGCUCCACGCAAUCGUCCGCGACGUUCGAAAGUACCACGAUAAAAAUCACGACUUCGGAUACGAUCCCGGAGAGCUCGGUAUCCCAGAUGACGGCCGUCACGGAUGAAACCAAGAGUCUCGAGAUUUCCGCGAACGACAAGAGUCGCGAAGAAUCGGAAGAUGCCGAGAAGAUGACGCAAUCCGCGCACGAUUCCCCGUGGCUGAGAGCUCCCACGACCCCCCUGACACUCUCGACCAUCACCACGUCGACAUCGCCGCCGCCGAUCGCGGUGAAUUCCGCGGAGUACUUUCUGAACGACGACGGCAACGCGGAAUCGACGAGCGACCGCGCGACGAGGCUCGAGAGUCUCGACGAGGACGAGAUCAUGGAGUUCUCGGACUUCACGGAUUUCAAGAAGGGAAAGAGUCAGGCGGCGCCGGUUUGGUCGAGCCCGCCGAGCGAGAGGAUCGACUCGCAGCAAGCGCUUCCUCGCGACACCGAGUCCACUUUGAGCAUCGAGCAGAUUCUCAAUCCCACGGAGCGGACGAAGCCGGCGGAAGGUCGUGAGAACAAUCAGGAUGACGACAUCGGCGGUAAUAAUGAUAGAAAAACGGCGCGGGAUAACGGUCAAUCAGUUCCUAUCGGCGUGCCUACCGCGGAGGAUUACAACACGUUCGUCGAUGCCGAGUAUCAGAAUGAUGCCCCGAAGAUGCUUCAAGACGGAAAACAAAGUACGAUAAAGGAUCACUCGAGUGAAACUGACGCUGUUGUGGAUCAGGUUGAGAAGAAAGAAAUCGCGAAUCCGAUGACUGAUGAUAGAAAGGAACCAUAUGACAGAAAUCACUCGACCGAGUAUCGUCAGGUGACCCAAUCGCCAGGAGAAAGAACCCGUGAUCGCGCGUUGGAGAAUCAUCGGGAUACGGGACGCUACGAGGAGGUCAUCUCCGAGAUCGAGCCGGAGGCGCGAGCGGAGAUCUUCGAGCUGUUCGCGUCCGGUUCAGCCGGCAAGCGACUGGAACGUCUUCUCAAGUCGAGGAACAUGAGCGUGGAGGAGCUGAUUGCUCUACGUCAAAGGGGCUCCAGCAAGGUCCACUUGACGGAAGUGUCGCAACUGAAGAUGUCCAAUCCGAAGAACCAUCAAACUUUGGAAACCUCCAAUAUAAACAACGGAGAAAUGAUCGUACCACUCCCGCCCACAAGCAACUCUAACAAACAUUUCAACGAAGAUAAGAUCUCAGAAAAAGAAGACGCGAAGCAAGAAGAAACGAUAAAUCAAUUCAAAGACAUCAUGAGCUACUUACACAAUCCGUUCUUCGACAAAGACGUGGAGAACAUGUCGAUGUCGAGACUGUUGGAUCUCGUCGAGCGCGACAGAAACGUGCCAGGAGAAACGACGUACCCAGAAAAUGAUACGCUGAAUGCCGAUGAGCGUACCGAUGAGCAGGAGAAUUCUCGUCGGACGCUGCAGAUCGUCGACUUGCUGACAACAUUCGGUUCUCUACCUUUCGCAAAGGAUGUGCAGCGGCAGUUCAAAACUGAAAUCGAUAAUAACGAACAUGAACUAAAAGUGAAGCUUCCGGUAGACAACGAUAACGCGAGUGUAGUGGUGAUCGAUGAGGAGAAGACUCUACGAUCGGAUAACUCCACCGAAUUCCACGCCGGGUACGUCGAAGAGAUCGUGAAGGAGGAGCCGAACGUUAUCGAUAUAAAAACGGCGGUGUAUGGCGAAACGGUGAGCAACACGAAUGACGGAGACGAAAAGAAAACUCUGUCGAAGGUGAAGCCGAGCAUAAUAGCGAGCGGUGCGAUAUUAGGCGUGACGAUCGUCGUGUUCCUGGCGAUCUUCAUCGUGUGCCGGAUUCGGCAGAAGCAGAGAUACACGUACAGAAACACGUUCUCCCGCGCAGUGUUCCAGGGCCCGGUUAUGGCGGCGAGGAAGCUGUCGAAUUCCAGCAGCUUGAACGCCGUGAUGGUGAACGUCGUCGCCACGUCGACGACCAAGAGGCCCGAGAGAACCGAGACGCAGGAGGCCGUGGAGGAUUUCGACAAGAGCGAUAUGGACAACGACUCGUUAGACGCAAAUGAUAGUUGGGAGACGAUACCCGAUUACGCGAAGUAACUCGUUGCCGGCACACGUGCACGAUUAGUCUGUUAGUUCGGUGUAGAAGAUUCGUAUAUCAGCCUUGUUUAUUAAGUACAACUUGAAACACAAACUUAAUUUUUCGUUUUAAUUUCAUAGUAAUAUUUACUUUGAACAAAAUUAUUACCAUGAAUUUUUUUAUAUUGUUUGUCUAUUAAAAAAAUUUUAAAUCUUAUUUUCGUAACAUAUAUAUUAUUUAAAACAAAAGAUUAAUUGAGACGUGUAAACCUUUUGCGCCAAUCUAAUAGAAAACUGCCAGUAUUUUCGCAUAUACUUAUCAAAGUCAAGGAUGAGUUAUACUUCGAAGGCUGAUUGAAUGUCUUUAGAGGAGAGAACUACUUUGAUCGUUAAGUUACUUGUCGAGUUAUCUUACUGACAAUGAGAAGAAAGUAAACCAGUUCCAUAGUAUGUAUAUAUGUACUUCUCUAAAUUACAAUCAACCGAUACAAAAUUACGAUAAAAGUGCAAUUAAAAUACGUAGUUAAAUUAUUCUCUAAAUAAGAUUUUUUAAUCACAUCUGAGAAUCUUUACUAUAUAAAACUGCUAAACUAUUUUGCUGAACUUCCACGCAUAGAAUAAGAUGUAUUUAUUUAUAGGUUUAUAUAUAUAUCUAUAUUGUAAGAGUUAAAUUUUAUAUAUAAAAUUGUAAAUUUUA